UGUUUCGAUUCAAGACAGCUCCUCCAGCCGCCGCAGCCGCCGUCCCUCCGGCUCCUCCUCCUCCUCCUGCUCCCACUAUCCAGUUCCAAGGAAUCACAAAAACCAAGAAAAUGAAGGUGAAAUGGACCCAAGUGGGUUUGGUGUUCUUCCUCGUGCUGUCUAUGGUGAUGACGGGAUGCUUCUUCUGGCAAUAUCAGCUUCCAAAGCUGCAGCCAGAUGAAGGGCUGGGUGACAAUGCCAAAUCCGAGAUGAGGUGUCCUCGCUUUCCUGAGCCUGUUCCGCUACAGCAUCCCAUUCCUGCUCUGAAAGAGGCACUGGAAAAGGUGGACAUUUUGCUUCGCCAGAGCAUCAAUCCAGUUAGUCUCCCAGCUCUCUCCGCCAUAGUCAUCCUGAACGACACCGUUUUAUGGACCGGCAAUUUUGGCAAAAGGAACAGCUCAGAUGCAUUCUCAGGACCCCCCAAUGAGUACACCAUCUACAGAAUAGCCAGCCUGUCCAAAAUCUUCCCCACGCUGAUGCUGUACCGGCUGUGGGAGGAGGGCAAGAUCGGCUCACUGGACGACCCGCUGGAGAAGUACGUGGACAACUUCACCAUCAAGAACCCCAUGGGGAGGACCCGCGAGUCGGAGCUAAAAUAUGUGACGGACGGCCUGAUCUUUCUGGACAGCGGCGAGGUGCCUAUUCGCUCCUCCUCGGUGACGCUGCGCAGGAUGGUCAGCCAGCUCUCUGGCCUGCCCAGGAGACUCAGGGCAACAAACCUCCUCUGGAAAGGAAAGACUCAGUCAGCGAUCAACCUUCUGCAGGACGAUGUCCUUGUCGCCGACCCGGGAACCAAAUGUCACUACAGCAACCUCGCCUUCUCACUGCUGGCUCACGUGAUGUCCGAGCGCGUGGUCAACAUGGACUACCAGCGCUGGGUAUCAGACAACAUCCUGGACCGUCUGGGCAUGGAGGACACCGGUUUUGACAUCACGCCAGGCCUCCAGGGCCAGGUGGCCGUGGGCGUGUACUCCAACGGGAAGCCCGCCCCGCUCUAUGACUUGGGCUGGUAUCGCCCAUCGGGUCAGAUGUUCUCCACAGCGGCAGACCUGGCCAAGCUGGCCAUGAUGCUGCUGGGCGCCUAUCACCGCAAGCUUCUGGAUCCUGACUCUUUGAAGAUCAUGCUCACGCCGCUGUUCAGGUGCGACAAGGACUACUUCGCCAACCGCACGGGGACGCCGUGGGAGGUGAAUGAGCUGCUGGGCUAUGAGAUGGUGCGCAAAGAUGGCGACCUUGACGGAUAUUCGGCCACAUUCUCCCUGGUGCCGCGACUCAAGCUUGGACUGGUGGUGCUCAUGGCCGGAGGUCGGUCCCAGAAGCAAGACGUUGUGGCCAAAGCCUACCGUCACAUCGUCCCUGCCUUAGAAAAUGCAUUCAGGGAUGCCCGGAGGGUGCUGUUCGCACCCCCAAAUCCGGAGGCCUAUGCAGGCUUCUUCACCUACAGCAACAUCACCUUCUACGAAAUCAAAGCUGGCUCGGACGGCGUUCUCAUCAUGCAGCAAUUCGGCCCUCAAAUCGAAGAGCUGAUUCCGCAAACGUACCGGACCAUAAAGCUCAAUUUCCUGGUGGAGCGCGUCUUCAAGGUGGUCUUUGAAAGGGAGUACCCCUGCGUCCUCAGGGUGGGCUCGGCCUCAGUGUCCCUGGAGGCGCAGGAUGGACAACUGUUCAACUUCUACGCAUACGACAAGCACGGCAUGUCCCCUGGGUUCGAUGCACCGGGGCUGAACACAUACAAUGUGGUCAGGAUAGCACGCAAACCGUCCUUCUCCAGUUGAGUCACUUCUCUCUAAAGCAGACUUGUUUGCAUCGUGGCCUUGAGGGGGUUGUUAUGAAUGAAGGUGGUCAUGCGGACAUGCUGUGAAAGUUACUCAUCUCAUCUUCUGACGCUGUUAACACAUCAUUUUGUCUCCUGCCUGUACGUCAUUUAUUUUAUUUUUCACUUUUCAUCUGCUCUCCUUAAGCUACUUUUGAGACAUCAUGUCUUCUUUUUCCCGUUUUUUAACACCACUGUCAACACGUUUUACAGUGAACCCUUGCUAUUAACAGGAAUUACCGACUAAUGCUAAGGUUGUGACCGAACACAAAAUAUUGCACCGCUUGUGGUGCAUAUGUGUUUGCUCGCGGUUAAACUACACGGGUUGCUUUGAGCUGAGAAACGGAGGGGAUCUUCCUUCAUGUUUGGACAUUGCUAGUUGUGUUCUUGCUUUGGCUCCUAAAUGCUAUCUUGUUGGCCUGUUCAACAGCUAAAAACAAGUCAGUCCACUCACCUGAUACAUCAUCUUCCUUGCUUCCCGUUCUCUUUUUGGCUUGGUCCCAGCCGCUAGUGAAAGCCGGCUGUGUUGUCAACCUCAAUGAUCCAUCCAUUAUCUGAACCGCUUUAUCCUCACAAGG